AUACCGACACGAAUAUAAAAGAUUCACCCGCAAAAAAGUAAACGGAAAACAAUGAACCCCAUGCCAUGCCAUGCCAUACGGUUCUAACGUACACAAAAGCAUACAUCCGGGUAACGUAAGGUGCAGGACGUUUACCUUGACGACGUCGUUGCUAUGGUCCGGCAGCAGUGCCGGUCUGUUCGCUUAUGACAGGUACUGCAUUUUUAUGGUUAAGUUUAACAUAUCCAUUUGCUGCAAACACUUGAUCACGGUUGCCUCAGCUUGCUAGCUCUGCAUUGCAAUAACUAAAUUGGUAGCAGCAAAUUCUUUUUUCCUGAACCUUGCAAUGGUUUUGAAACCAAGCUAACAUUUGGCUUGAUGCACUUUUUUUUCUACAGGCUUGUACAGAAAAGUGUGCGCCGCACAAAUAUUUGUAAGUUUUCCUUUAGACUGCAUGGUAGAGGUGAUUCACUAGGUUUUUACUAAUGUUUUAUUAUCAGUGCUUAACUCACACACACUGAUCCAGAGUGAGAGAGAGUGAAAGAGAGAGAGAGUGUGAGUGAUAGAGAGAGAGAGAGAGAGAGAGAGCGAGAGAGAGAUGACUCUGCAGGAGGAAGCCGGCGACUCCGCCCUGCCAGGUACAGCUCCUCUCCAGCCUUACCUGUGCUGUGUGCCUGAGGACCUCCGGCAGGAGAGAGAGUACCUGAGAACACAGGUGUUUCCUCACCUGGACUCGCUCUGCCGGGCCAGAGGCACCUGCUUCAAGCCCGUGGACCUGCGGUGGAGCAGAGAGACGAGCACAGAGGAAGAGAGGGGCCUCUCCUCCCAGCAGCUGAAGAUCUCCCUGGAUCACAUUGGCCACGCCCCCUUCUUCCUGUGCAUGCUGGGACACCGCUACGGCCAGUGCAGGGCUGAGGGGUCACCACCGCUGCCCCCCACCGAGGAGGGGUGCGAGAGCCUGCCCCCCCUGGAGAGAAACCUGUACACAGCCAGCAGGGGCGGCUACCCCUGGGUCCUGGAGGCCCACAGCCAGGCCUGCAGCUUCAUGGAGCUGGAGAUCACCCAGGCCCUGCUCUCACACGCGCCUGGAACCAGCUUCUUCUACUUCCGCGACUACUCCUUCAGGGAGGAGGAGGAGGAGGACGGAGAGCAGCGGGCGCUGCUGCUGAGCGUAUGGAGCAGCCAGUCGGAGUACGAGAGGAGGAAGAUGAGGGAGCUGAAGGGCAGGAUUGUGGACGGCUGUCUGCCUGUCAGGUUCUUCAGGAGCCUGUCAGAGCUGGGACACCUGGUCAGCACAGACUGGACCCGCAUCAUCGACCAGCUUUUCCCGCUCGACACGCAUCACAGAGACCUGGGCGAGCAGGGCUUGUUUGAGCACUGGGGCCAUGAGAGCAUCGUGGAGGCCCUGUGCCGCAGGUUUGUCCCCUGGGCCCAAGCUGAGCAGGUGUUAGAGAGCCUCGACGCGUUUGCACUCUCCGCCACCUGCGUCUCCGAGCCUCGCCCCACAGCACCGCUCCCGAACCCGCCGGAGCCUGGUCCCACAGCACCGCUCCCAAACCCGCCGGAGCCUCGGGGACACAGCGAGCGAGGCAACAGCGAGAGCCACAACUCCAUCCUCCUACUCUGUGGAGCAAGGGGUUGUGGGAAGUCGAGUCUGGCCGCCUGGUGGCUCCGGCAAUUCCGGAAAAAGAACCCUGGAAUCCCGGUCGUUCCGCACUUCCCGGGAUUCUGCUCCUCCAGCGCGGACGCCAGGUCCCUGCUGAGGCGGAGCUCCGCUCUUCUUCGACGAGCUCACCAUGGUGCGCGGGCUCAGUGGAGUGAGCGGUGGGAGGAGAGGGUAGAGCUUGGGCCCCUCCCCCCGGCAGUUGAGGCCUUCUCUGCAGCCACUGCUCUUGGUCCCUGCGUUCUGGUUCUGGAUGGACUGGAUCAGCUGACUGCAACUCUGGGCCUCUCAGCACAGCAGGUGAAAGAGCUACGGUGGCUUCCUGAUGCUUUCCCUUCCCAGUGCAAGCUGAUCGUCACCACCGCCUCCACAGACCUGUCCUACAAGUCUCUCACCUGUCGGAAGGACGUGCAGGUGCUGAACUGCCCCAGCCAAUCAGAUCCCGCCAUCAGGCGAAGCGUCCUGCUCAGGCACCUGGGCCUGCCCUGCAUGAAGGUGCCGGAGCCAGUGCUGCAGAGCAUUGUGGGAAGAAAGCCGGCCCUCCCGCCGGCCUCGCUGGCGGUGCUGGGCAGCGAGCUGCGGACCUGCUGCGUCGCAAGGGAUGAAGAGGAGGAGGAAGAGCUGUUUGAGCGCUACCUGGAGACGGAAAGCUUGCCGGAGCUCUGGGCCCUGGUGAUACGACGGUGGAUCCGGGACUACAGCUGGGCUUCAGAGACGAGGACCAGGAACAGGAGGACAAAGCCUCCCCUCGAACCCGCAACCCCCCAGACGGGAGGCUGGGUGUGGGACGUCCUGUGCCUGCUGCACCUGUCCCGGGCUGGCCUGAGCAGGGAGGAGGUCCUGCACUCUCUGAGGCGUCUGGGGUACCGCAGGGUUCGGCGCGUCCUGCCGCAGCACUGGGCCCUCUUCUGCUCCGCCGCUGCGCCCUGGAUCCGCGAGAGGCCCGACGGUCAGCUGACCUUCACCCACCAAUCACUGGGCCAGGCUGUGGAGCUCCUCCUCCUGAAGGCCGGGGGGAGCAGCAGGAAGGCGUACCGCCGGGUCCUGCUGGAGGGCUUUCAGAGUCGGGACCGUCCCGUCGGGAGCCGGGCCCGGGUGCUGGAGGAGGUGGCCUGGAGCCUGGAGCAGAGCAAGGCCUGGGGAGAGCUGCACUCCUACCUCACUGAUCCAGGCACCAUAGAGUUCCUGUCCAGGAGUCCAGCCCACUUUCAGCUGAAGACAGAUGUGGUGAGGUGCUGGACACGGCUGGCCCAGGUGGGCUAUGACCCCCCCACCUCGCUGCAGAGGCCGCUGGUCCUGGGACAGCGCUGUCCCACGCAGGACCCCACAGUCACAGGAGUCGCUGGGUCCGGGACGGAAGAGUCUGUCUCCAGCAGGACCUUCAUUACCGAGGUGGAGGGAGAUCGUGGAGAGUUUGGCAUUCUCCAGGAGCCAGAGGUCAAAGGUCGGCUCAUGGCCUUCUCCGCCGACGUCUUACUUUGUCUGGGGAAGGUUCUGGAAGCAGAGCAGACACUACUGCAGACGGAGGCUAUUCUCAUACAGGCUGACGGGCCAGAGAGUGGAGCUGCAGUUACAGCCACACUGCUGCAUGUCCAGCACAGCCUGGCAGACCUCUGCAUGCUCAUGCACCAGCUCCACAGAGCAGAGAACUACACCCGCAGGGCUCUGGAGUCCGCACAGCGCCUCAUAAACGCACACCCACAGGAAGCAGGGGAUGCACACGACGCACUUCCACAGGAAGCAGGGGACGCACACGACGCACAUCCACAGGAAGCAGGGGACGCACAUUUACCAAAUCCACAGGAAGCAGGGAAGGCACAUCCACAGGAAGCAGGGGACGCACGUUUACCAAAUCCACAGGAAGCAGGGGAUGCACAUCCACAGGAAGCAGGGGAUGCACAACGCACCAGAGGUCUGUUACUCUGCAAGCUGUGCCAGCUGCUGCUAAUGAUUGGCUGUGCUGAUGAAGUCCCUGGGAUCCUGAAGGAGAUCAGAGCUGUCAAUCAUGCGGGGACACACCCCUGUGCCGAGGCCACAGUGAAGUUACUGCAGGGACUCAAUGAGCUGGUUCAGGGGAAUGCUGCUGCCGCUGAACGCUGCUUUCGGGCAGCUCUGGCCACUAGGAGGCGCUGGUACGGCCCAGAUCAUCAGCUGGUGGCAGAGGUGGAGGAACACCUGGCCGACGUUCUGGCGGGAAACGGCUGGGAGACGGAGGUCUGCAGGGGGGAAGCAGUGGAACUCUACAGACACGUGAUCCAGGUCAAAGGGCAGGAGGCGGGGCUCUACCCACCGACAUCACCACUGGCGUGGCCAACAGGAUGCAGCCUCGCAGUCACCCUGGUCAAACAAGGUGAACUGCUCCUGGGGGACUGCAGCCCUGUGGAAAGGAGGGAGGCCCUCGGUCUCUUGGAGAGGGCCCUGGACCUGAGAGUGCGCCUGUUGAGCCCAGACCACCAGCUCACCAGAGAGACAGCAGAGGUCUUAAGGUCAGAGGUCAGCGGGUCAGGAAGGCCCAGGUCCAGGCUCAGCCCUGAGAGGAGGCUAACCGCUAAGCGCAGCAGCUCGAGGUCGCCAGGCAACAGGAAGGAAAAGGACCAAUCCUGCGUGCUCGUGGACACACCCUCUCCAAUCCUGAACUGGAACCAGAACCGGAACCGCUGGUCCCAGAGACCCUGGACCGCCUGCCACACCUCAGUGUUUGGCCCCCAGAGCAGCAUCAGGGAUCUGGACCCAGCGGCCCGAGUGGGGUCCCCAGACAGGGUUCUGCACAAAUCUGCCUGGUUCCACCUUCCAGGCCAGUACCCCAUUAAACACCCAGAGAGACAGAUACGCCCCAAAACUAUUACACACCCAGAGAGACAGAUACGCCCCAAAACUAUUACACACCCAGAGAGACAGAUACGCCCCAAAACUAUUACACACCCAGAGAGACAGAUACACCCCAAAACUAUUACACACCCAGAGAGACAGAUACGCCCCAAAACUAUUACACACAAAGAGAGAAAAACACCCCCCAACACUAUUACACACCCAGAGAGACAGAUACACCCCAACACUAUUACACACCCAGAGAGACAGAUACACCCCAACACUAUUACACACCCAGAGAGACAGAUACACCCCAACACUAUUACACACCCAGAGAGACAGAUACACCCCAACACUAUUACACACCCAGAGAGACAGAUACACCCCAAAACUAUUACACACCCAGAUAGACAGAUACACCCCAACACUAUUACACACCCAGAGAGACAGAUACACCCCAACACUAUUACACACCCAGAGAGACAGAUACACCCCAACACUAUUACACACCCAGAGACACAGAUACACCCCAACACUAUUACACACCCAGAGAGACAGACAGAUAUGGCACUACACAUACAGACAGGUGGACAGAUAGGUACUUGUAAGUUGGAUAGAUCCUCUGAUGCACAGUAGGGGGACUGUUAUCAGCGCAAUGCUACAGAUACAGAGAACAGCACAUUCUGUUAUCAUGUCAAGCACACCCUCCGUAUAAUCCUGUUGCCAAUCACUGGCUGCCUGAAUAAGGCACAGUCCUGUUCUGGCUUUUUUUCUGCACAGUUAUGGAUACUGUUCCUGUGACUGCGGAACACUGAAGCGAACGUACAUCACAGUUACCUGUGUAGCAGAAACAAUGUGUUCUUUUCUGUACAGCCUGCGCCCUGGGAUGUUUUUCAGAAACGGGCGAGCGCUCAAACCAGCGUGACCUUGCCAGAAGCUAUUUUUUGUGAUCGGAUUCCUUGAUAAAAACUGCCCGCAACAAUGUCUGUUUAAAUCCUGAAAUAUGUACGUCCAGCAGUGCCUCAGAAUUCUGUGUACUUGGGGUUCUCUGCUUAUA